AUGCGGGAGCAGUUUAAAGCUGGAAAGCGUUCACUUUCGAAUAAACGUCAUGCUUAUCGACGACAUUAUUCCAGUAAACGCAUUCACGGCGUACGCAUUGGUCACGCCAAUCCCAAGUUGAUUCGUGACGAAGUGAACUUUCUGUGUAAUCGCACUGUCGAAUUUAUGGAGUCUGGUGAAACGUGUAACUUGAGCGUUAUGGAAUUAGCCAGACAAAGUAUCUAUUUCGAACGUGUUCUAAAAUAUCACAGUGGAAAGCGGAAUAUACAACUACCGGAAUUUCUAAAGGCUGGCUUCCCUUCAAUUGUAGAAUUCAUACGUGCAGGUGCUACAGAAAUUAAUUCCGACAAUGUUUAUAGUAUAUUCAUUGCAGCGGAUUUUCUCCUCAUACCCAGAUUGAAAGAACAAUGUGCAAAUCUACUGAAACAGAUUGCGACCACCGACUUUUCUACUGCAAUCGAUAUAUGGUCAAAUUGUAAAUCAUUCUACUGGCCUGAACUAGGCAACAUGGCGUAUCAAGUGAUUUUAGACAAUUUCGAAAACAUAUGGCACACAUCGGACUUCGAAGAACUAAGUGCGAACGACAUUCGUCAGAUUCUACACGAAGACACUUUGAAUUGUAAAAAUGAAUUGAAUGUGUUCCACGCUAUUGUUCAGUGGAUUAGUAGGGAUUUCGAAACACGGAUUCAAUAUAUACUAGAAUUGUUGUUGUGCAUCCGAAUUGGAUUGUUGUCAAACGUCGAUGUGGAUGAUAUGAAGAAGCACGAGUUGAUUCGAGUUAUUCCAGAAUAUUCGGAUCUAUUGAAUGAGUGGCCGAAAUGUUUAACAACCACUAAUAAUCGUAUUAUCAAUGCAUAUGGACAACGAUUUGUUACACCGAGACUGCCACAUUUGAACCUCCAACAAAACCACACAAUUGAUGCGUGUUGUCCUGUUUGAGUGUCAUCACGACUGAUUGAUUCUGUCAUCAAUAUCAUCAUCAUUCGAUUGUCGUUUGAGGAGAACUACUGCCAGUGUGACUACUUCUUAUAUGGAGAAGGUGCGAAGAUCACUCACCUCUCUAGUGUACAUCGAUUGACAAACACAAUACAAAUUCGUCGAAUCACAAAACGAAAUCAGGAAAUAAUUUCGAAACUUUGCAUCCAAUGAAGAUCACAAAGAACAAAAGUGAGAGGGACAACACCGAUGAGAACUAUCGAGGUGGUUGUCAAUCAAUCGCUCAAAACUCUGCAACUGUGUGUGAUUUGUAUUCACAUCUGAUGAAGCAUUACAGGGAUUCCUAAUCACAUAAUAUAGUAAAUGUGUGUGUUCGCAAAGUGGGUUGUUGAAUUAUUAUGAUUACUAUUUCUAAAUAUAACUCGAUUCGAUGCAACAAGUGUGGCUGUUAAUCUAACUGUAAAAAUCGUAUGAAGAGUGGGG